CCAAAUUAUGGAAGAAGAAAUGGGAGAAACAUCCACCAGCACACAGACCCACCCUGAAGAGGAAACACAGGGAAAGCCACAACAAACCAGCAAACAGCAAGUCUUGGAGAGGCAUCAGACACCAUCCUUCGGAGGACAUGCCCGCAUUGACGAUAGCGACGAAGACAUGUACGCAUCAGACCCAGAAAACUAUAACCACCAGCAACAUGAAAAUGAAUGA